GGGUAUUGAAGUGGAUAAUGGCGGGGAUGCUGCUAAUGGCGAUGACGCCAUGUGCAGUGGGACUGGGCGAAAGUGUUCAACAUUCACUGUGCUUGAGGGGCGGAAGUAUUGCGCAGCUGGCAGGCCUGAAGGAAACCAAGAAAAUGGUUGAGGAGGAGAAGAUUGUGUUGGAUCCAAAGGAGAAGAGGGAAAUGCUGGCAAAAGUCCCCAAAAUCGACCACAAAGAUGAGUAUCAAAAGUUUAAAUCGAAGGUCAUCCUCCUUGAUCCCAUGGAGCUUCUGGUAUCUGUCAAGGACAGGUUCUGUGGAGCAUUCGUCAACUUGAGAGAUUUUGUGCUUGACAACACAGGCAACCUGAUAUAUAAGGCUCUUCCAUUCACAAUCGCUAUCUUGCACCUGCCUUUCUUCAAGGGCGUUACAGAGGGCACUCCUGCAUUCGAGUGAGGGGGAGCGGUGAAAAAGUCCCCGCAGGUAUGAAAUGAGAUCUAACGAGAUGGUAUGAAGGGGUUGAGCGAUUAAAGGAAAGGGUGCCAGAG